CUUGUCUGUUCCACGAUACUUUAUUCUUCUGCUCUAUUAUUUGCCCUUCUUAAAACAAAAUUUUAUUUCCGAAAAUGUUAAGAACACGUCCCAACACACACUAUCCAAAAGAGUGUAUUGAUGUGUGUUAAAGAGAGCGUGAUUUUAAACUAACUUAUUAUAUUUUUGCCGCUUUUAGUAAUUUUGUUAUUUCGUAAUAUUUUUGCAGCAGCUGAAUCUCACAGAGCGCAAAUGGAUAACUCAAAUCAUCUCAUUUUUUAUAGUGGUUAAUAUGCACUUCAUCCAUAUGCACAUAAGUUGGUUAUACUUUUUAUAUUGAUUUAGCCUAUUAUUUCUUUCCCUAUUAUUAUAUCCUAUACCGGUCUUCUAUUCUGUUUGUUGCUACUGUUGUGCUGUGCCUUGUCUUUUAAGCCUUUCCUUUUUUAACUUUCAACCAUGUUAAAAUUACAUCAAUCUUUCAUUUUUAUUUGAUCAAAACAUUAAACAGAAUUUGCUAAAGAGCAUUGUUUAAAUACAAGCAAAAGUGAAGUUGCUAAGAGGCAGAAAGUAAGAAGCACAAAGAGAAAGUUUCGUGAUGUUCGUCGUGCAAGAAACAAGAACGAAGUUGCCAAGAAACAAGAAUUAGGGGCCACGGAGCGAGAGCCUUAUAUGACAAGCAAGAAUGAUGUUGUUAAUAAACAAAAAAUAGGGGGCACAGAGCGAAAAGGAGAAAAAUUUGGUAAGAAGCUUCGUGGAAAUUACCAGCAGACUCCUCUUUUGAUGUACAGGAACCGAAAGGGACUAGUUCAGAGCUAUAAUACUAUAUAUAAUGAGAAUGGCGAUUGUGUUACUACUCCCUAUGUGUUUGAUUGUGACACCAUGCGUAUUGUUAAGGAGGGCUAUCUCAAUGAAGAACCCUCGUGCGAGAAUGCUUUACUGGAGAAGAAAGAGUUGGAGGCUGAUGGUGAUGUGGCUACACGAGUUGAUGAAAUAAGUGGGUAGAUAGGUUAAGUAUUGUCAAUCUGUUACCUAACUCAAAUUUGCUGGCCCAGCUUCAUUCUAGUAGAGGUUUCCAAAAAUAUUAAUAUGAAUCAAAUUUAAUUUACUCUUUUUUUUGUUUUGUGAAUUAAUCAAAUUUUAACUUGAAAUUAAAAUA